CCCUCUCCAGGGCAGCAGGCGCGCGCCGCUUGGCAGGUGGGAGGGGCCGGGGCGACCAUCGGGGGCGCCGGAGCCGGCGGCUCGGGCCAUGGAGCGGAGCCCCGACGCGUCCCCUGGGCCUUCCCGCUCUUUCAAGGAGGAACUGCUGUGCGCCGUCUGCUACGACCCCUUCCGCGACGCCGUGACUCUGCGCUGCGGCCACAACUUCUGCCGCGGGUGCGUGAGCCGCUGCUGGGAGGUGCAGGUGGCGCCCACCUGCCCGGUGUGCAAGGACCGCGCGUCCCCCGCCGACCUGCGCACCAACCACACCCUCAACAACCUGGUGGAGAAGCUGCUGCGCGAGGAGGCCGAGGGCGCGCGCCGGGCAGGACACCGCUCCCCGCGCGUCUGCCGCCCGCACCGCGGUCAGUUCAGCCUCUUCUGCCUCGAGGACAAGGAGCUGCUGUGCUGCUCGUGCCAGGCCGACCCCCGGCACCAGGGCCACCGCGUGCAGCCCGUGAAGGACACUGCCCACGACUUUCGGGCCAAGUGCAGGAACAUGGAGCACGCGCUGCGGGAGAAGGCCAAGGCCUUCUGGGCCAUGCGGCGCUCCUACGAGGCCAUCACCAAGCACAAUCAGGUGGAGGCUGCCUGGCUGGAGAGUCGGAUCCGGCAGGAUUUCGACAAGCUGCGGGAGUUCCUGCGGGUGGAGGAGCAGGCCAUCCUGGACGCCAUGGCCGAGGAGACGAGGCAGAAGCAGCUGCUGGCCGAGGAGAAGAUGAAGCAGCUCAGGGAGGAGACGGAGGUGCUGGCCCAUGAGAUCGAGCGUCUGCAGAUGGAGAUGAAGGAAGAUGAUGUUUCUUUUCUCAUGAAACACAAGAGCCGAAAACGCCGACUCUUCUGCACCGUGGAGCCCGAGCCCGUGCAGCCCGGCAUGCUCAUCGACGUCUGCAAGUACCUGGACUCCCUGCAGUUCCGCGUCUGGAAGAAGAUGGUCGGGUCUGUCGAAUCCGUGCCCUUCAGCUUAGACCCCAACACCGCGGCCGGCUGGCUCUCCGUGUCCGACGACCUCACCAGCGUCACCAACCACGGCUACCGCGUGCAGGUGGAGAACCCGGAGCGCUUCUCCUCGGCGCCCUGCCUGCUGGGCUCCCGCGUCUUCUCGCAGGGCUCCCACGCCUGGGAGGUGGCGCUCGGGGGGCUGCAGAGCUGGCGGGUGGGCGUGGUGCGGGUGCGGCAGGACGCCGGCGCCGAGGGCCACUCGCACAGCUGCUACCACGACACUCGCUCGGGCUUCUGGUACGUGUGCCGCACGCAGGGCGUGGAGGGGGACCACUGCGUGACCUCGGACCCGGCCACGUCGCCGCUGGUCCUGGCCAUUCCGCGCCGCCUGCGCGUGGAGCUGGAGUGCGAGGAGGGCGAGCUGUCCUUCUACGACGCCGAGCGCCACUGCCACCUGUACACCUUCCACGCCCGCUUCGGGGCGGUGCGGCCCUACUUCUACCUGGGCGGCGCGCGGGGGGACGGGCCCCUGGAGCCCCUGCGCAUCUGCCCCCUGCGCGUCAGCGUCAAGGAGGGACUGGACGGCUGAGCUGGCCCAGCCCUCCCGGCGCUGCCCGGUCUUGUGCCACGGCCCUGUUGCUCUUUCUGCGCCCUCCCUCGUGCCCGCACUCACCCGGGCACCGCUCUGCCUCCGCCUCCUGGCCGGGGUCUUCCUCCCCUCCAGACUCGUCCUUUUCCGUGACUCCAGGCCCUGCGCCUCUCUUUAUGUUUGGUCCCUUCCUCUGCCCACAAUAGGAGCCAUCCAGGGGGUACCUCGCCGGGCAGGCUCUCCCCAGAGCCCUGGCGCCUUCAGGGUAUAAAUUUUCUGAAUCCUCCUUCCAGGAUUUCCGGGGAUAAUGUUUGCUUCUAGAACGGGCUUGUGUUAAAGUGUAGAUUUUAUUGUUAUCAGGUGCGAUCAGCCAAUCGUGAGACGUACUGCCAUUACUGCCAUUGGAAAGAUCGUUUGUCACUCACAGUUCCCUGGAGGAGAGGGCAGGCCAGGCCACAGGGCACGUAGGAAAUACUGGGUUGGUCAGGAGGUGGAGGACUGGGGGACACCGGCUGAGAGACUAUACUGUGCUUUCCUCAGGAAGGAACGGGCAGGGCAAGGUGGACAGGCUUAGGAUUGGCUGGCUGGAGUGAUUUCAGCAGCUCUGGGCAGUGGCUGCCCCUGGCUGUCUGCUACCUGGCGCUGGGAUGGUCAGGACAAGGGAAUACUGGCUUGGACGGAGAGAGCCCUGUGAGAGGCAGGUACAGGAGGUGGUGGGGGUGUAGCCCUGGGUGGCCUGGUUUGCUCCAGCCGAGGUGUUUGCUGGCCUGGGAGGGGCAGUCUCUCCAGGGCCAGUGAGGUCCCAGAUGCCAGAGCAUCAGGGAUACAGUAAAUAAGAAGAUACAGUUCCUGCAGGGCUUGCUGCCCUGACUCUGGGACAGGACCCAGGGCUUGGCUUGUCUUUUAUUGUAUGUCAGUAUUCUAAAACUUCUCUGCGGGUUCUCCUUUCCCAUCAGAUCAGCUCUGAUUUAUAUCUAUACCUCUUGGAUGAUUUCCUCUGAACAGAGGGUUCUGGAGCACUUAAAAACAAAAUCUUUACAACAGUGGUGUCGGCCCGUUCCCUGGGGCCUCAGUGUCCUCACCUGUGGAUGAGACAGGGCUGGACCAGGGCGUCCUUCCGUGGUUGUGGUGGAGGAAGUUCCCCUGGUUCAUUCUCGUCAGCCCGACAAGGGAAGGAAAGGGGGGGGGCCCUUUUCAGUUAGGAAGAAAGGAAAGGGCUGUCCCCCAGGGGUGGCACCUUGGUUGCUGCCCUAGGUGCUGUGUGCGAGGGGAGGGUGGCAGGUACCACCUGCUCUUCUCCGCCGACUUCACCCUGCUCAUUCUUGCUCUGCUACUUGCGUUUUCAUCCCAAAUUUCUUCUCCCUCCACGUGCCUGCAGGCUUGUACCUGUGCUUGUUCUCUCUCACACGUGCCUCCAGAGAGUUUGUAAUUUUCAACUGAAUGUGUCCCAGGGAGCGGCGUCGUAAGAGCAGUGUUAAAAUUGGGGGCACGUUCCUGGCCGAGGACUCGGAGUCCUGCCUCCUGCCUGUACCCCCAGUUCACAACACCGUUUCAAACAACUUAUGACUCACGCCUCUUAGUUGGUGAUAAAUGUGUACAUACGUUGGUUACAUAAAAAGCAGGGCCAGGGAGGAAAUGCCACCGCCCUGUGAAGCGGGUGGGUUGGGAGAGGUGAGGCUGUUGGCAAACGAGCGCAUGCGCCUGGUUGAAGAUGCUUCAGCACUUCGGGAGCCAAACACGUCUGAGAACGUACACCCUCCACUAGAAACUACCCGGCCCGUCAAAUAGAAUUUCUAUGUAAUAAACUUGACUGGAAAUUAUUUUGUCAGUUAUGCAAUAAACAUUUUUUAAACCUG